ACGCCCACGCUUGCGCAGACGGCACCGCGCCAGACACCCGCUCACAAAGCGGGCUUCUAGAAACUUCCGGGCCUCGGCUUCCCUACCCACCCCUAACAUUCUGCCGCCAAGGGCGCCAAGCCAAGUUCGCGGCUUAACCAUUUAGGAAACCGGUGCCUGCUUUGCAGCGGCCUCGUUCAUCCCCACUUGCUAACUCUUUAUUGUCCAGUUUUUCUGAAAACACAGUAAAACGCAAAAACUAAAUCAUUUGCCCACGCGGAAUUGGCAAGACCACAGUCAGAGGGGGUAUUUCCCACUGUGCACAGUCCUCUCUAUAAGGAUCAGGAAAACACGUAGAUGGUAACUGCUAAUUUGGCUUUUGCAAGUCCCGCCUGAACCACGUAGGGUAGGUGGUACCAAUUCGGACACCAACACCCCAUUUUCCCGCCGCUCCAAGGACGCGCAGCGUCUACGCCGACGCUGGGCGCAGAGGCGUCUGGGGGCGCGGGAAGGGCCUGCGCCGUGCUCUGGCCGCCUUGAAUUGUGGGAGAUGUAGUCUCUUUUGCGCGCCUCUUUGCCGUAUCCCAGUUAAGAGCGAGGUUUUCAAACUACUAUUCCCAGGAAGACGGGGGUUUCCCAGGUGACUUUGCGAAGGCAUGGCGGGGACACUGUGAACGUCAGCCCAGAAGGUGAUCAGAGCCUGUUAAUUAAAAUGGAAAGAAGACAAAAGGGAAGGUAGACAUCAGGUUCUCCCUGGAGACUUUUCGUUUUCAUUUACGCUGCGGAAACUGACGUUUUUGCCUAACACCCCAUGUAAUGUAAACGUAUAGGCUUGAGUACGUGUCCGGCCGCAUGUGUAGUGAACCCUAAAGCUUUCCUAAUUGUAGUUAGCAUCGUCCCUAAGCGGAACGAUUUUCCGUGAACAUGAUUUGUACUUUUCUACGAGCCGUACAGUAUACGGAGAAGCUGCACAGGUCAUCGGCAAAGCGAUUGCUUUUGCCAUACAUUGUGCUUAACAAAGCGUGCUUGAAGACUGAGCCCAGUUUGAGAUGUGGGCUUCAAUAUCAAAAGAAAACGGUGCGACCUAGAUGUAUUCUUGGAGUCACCCAGAAAACCAUCUGGACGCAGGGACCGAGCCCCCGAAAAGCAAAGGAGGAUAGCAGCAAACAAGUGUCUGUGCACAGGAGUCAGAGAGGGGGAACCGCCGUCCCAACAUCACAAAAAGUGAAAGAAGCCGGAAGAGAUUUUACCUAUUUAAUAGUGGUGCUUUUUGGAAUCAGCAUUACAGGUGGCUUGUUUUACACGAUUUUCAAAGAACUUUUUUCUUCAUCCAGUCCUAGCAAGAUAUAUGGGAGAGCCUUAGAAAAAUGCAGAUCACAUCCUGAGGUGAUCGGUGUCUUUGGUGAGUCUGUUAAAGGCUAUGGGGAGGUGACAAGGCGGGGUCGCCGGCAGCAUGUCAGGUUCACUGAAUAUGUAAAAGAUGGGCUGAAACACACGUGUGUGAAAUUCUACAUUGAGGGCUCUGAGCCAGGGAAGCAAGGAACGGUGUAUGCGCAAGUGAAAGAGAACCCAGGAAGUGGUGAAUAUGAUUUUCGAUAUAUAUUUGUAGAAAUUGAAUCUUAUCCUAGAAGAACUAUUAUCAUUGAAGAUAAUCGAUCCCAAGAUGAUUAAAAUAAUCAAGCAAGCAGGUUUCUGAUGGAUGUUGAAUGGCGUGGACUCGCUACUCCGUUCUUCACAGCUGCCUUCCAGAAUGUGUUCAAAAGAAAGACAAGAAGGAGUGUAUGGCUUAUAAAGUGAAUCUAAUACAGUAUUUGUUGCAUUUAAACAAACUAGACAUUUUCUUACGGAAAAAUUAUGAAAUACAGCAUAUUUUAUGUUCUCCCAUUGACUCAAUCAUGACAAUAUUUCUGCUUUAACACCAUCUUUCAUGAUUAGAAAUGUUUGUUAUUGAAAAUGUUACACCAUGUAAAUAAAGGAAAUAGAUUUUA